AUGAUAUCUACAAUCCAUCUACCCAGAGAGAAGGGUCAGCGCAAAGAUUGUAAGAAGUAUAUCAUGCCAUCUCUCUUUGGUGAAACAGUGGUGAAGAGUUAUUUUCUUCCCCUUGCGUUUCAGUGCGACCGGAAACCAGAUGUCCAAAGGAGAUGUGAUGCUUCCAAUUGUGCGUUGACUGGAGAAGAACCAUGGCAGAUAUUCGAAGGUUGCUGGCAUUCAUUUCACAAUGAGUGCUUAGCUGGUUGUCAGCACUGUUCUAUCUGCCAGGAUCACCUCAAGAAUGUAGUUAAGAAUCUCUCCGCCUCAGCAAAUGCAACACUACUUGAGGGUCUUGAUGAUAAUGAGUCACCUGAAGCAAACAGAAAUAGUGCAGGUGAUGAUGAUGAUGACACCAUUGACGAUUUUGAAGUAAUACCAGAGACCAACUACGAAGCUGUUGUGAGUCAUCUUAAUGAAAAGUCAUUAAACUGAACCCACAACUUCCAUCUAAAACUGAAAUAGUACAAGAAGCACCAGACAGUAUAAAGAUUAGAAAGCCACCUCAUUGCUCCAAAUGUUACAUGUAAGACUACAAUCAGUGACAAAACACUUUGGACAAAAUAGCUAAACAGCGUACGUUUACAACAUAAUCGACCCGCCCGCACCCCCCCCCCCCCGUUCAAUGUUGUGUGUGGAAAUACCUGCGCAAAAUGUUCCUUGCCAGCCACCCAACAUUGUUUAGGGUGGGGGAGGGAGGGAUAGUGGCUUUAUGCUGAACAGUAUUGGGAAAUGCGGAGAUAUGUAUAUAUUAUACCACUGUCCAAAAACAUUUUGUCACUGAUCGUAUUCAACUGGCAGAAUAUUGUAUCAUAAAUAUCAAGUAUUUAUUACAUGUUCAGCCUUGAUUAAAAAGUUUAAAUUUACCAAGUACCUGAACAAGUGUUUACCCAUUAUUUGGCUGGUCGGCUCAUAAUAAAGUAAUUUCAGUUAAGCGUGAUAUAGGUAUAAAUUCAUACACGUAUAAAUGGCUUAAAAUGUAGGGUUGGGGAAACCAUCCCUUAUACAGUGAUGCGAGUUUUUGCAGGUCUUAGAAGGUGACACGGUUCAUUUUCCAGCCCCGAAAAAUCAGAUGAGCGAAUAUAUUGUUCUCGAGAGGGACACGCCAUUCUUUGCAACGAGUGACGCCCCACUUAUUUUAAUUAACAAUGGAUCUAUUGAUCGCGUGAACACAGAAAUGAUGAAUGUAAGAUGGCGAAUGUUUCCGCUUCAUAAACAAAUUCCGCGUGAUGAACAAAGAAACAUUGCGGCUUGCGCUCGAUGCUUUGCUGAGUUAAUAUUAUACGCUGAACCACAUGUGAUCUAUAAUGAUGUAUUUUAAUUUAACGUAGGCUACAUUUUUUACCCUCUAGGAGCCACUGUUGCUUGUGAGCAACAUUGUAUGUAUACCCCCUUCCUAGUCGCCAAUAUAAAUUUUCACAAUUUCAAAGCCAAUGUUGCUCCUAAGCAACAUAUAUAGCUUGUUCCCAGCCCUACAGAAAACAGCAUGGCCAUGAAUCACAUGUUCUAGGAUCUUUCCAAAAUGGCUGCCUCAACAAGCAAGCAAGAAGCACGCGUAAGGUAAGAAAUAUUCGUUUAAAUCUCUACCGUAUUCACAUUUCCUGAUAUUUUUAAUUAGAGAAAACAACAAGCAUUAUUCGAAAUUAAUAUUUAUUCAUUUAAAGUCAGGAAAUAUAUAAAAUUACUCGAAAAAUAGACCACAAAAUAUAUGUGUUGCUCACAAGCAACAUUGGAUACAAAGUGCAACAUGGAUAUGACCACAUGUGAUGUAUGUUUUUAUGUUAUUAUUUCAUUUUUAGCGAUAUUUACUUAUAAGUAUUCUGUAAGUUAUUGCAAAACACACAAAUCUAGGAGAACAAAAUGUUAGAAAACCAUUGUCAUUACAUAUUUUGUUUAUAUUUUGAUUUUUUGUGACAUUUCUUACCAAAAUGUAUAUUUUAUUCCAACAGGUAAAGGAUUUUGUUGAAAUUGAUGACAUUUUGGAUACAGUAACAGGGUCUGAUAGCCAAUGUGAUGUUUUGUCGUCUGGAGAUGAGUUGAAUGAUGAUGGUGAUGACGAUUGGGAGUUGGAUAAUGUUCAAGGUGGUUGUCGUGGCGAUUAUGGUGAUGAUUCAGGCAUUAGUGGUGGUAAGGAUGGUGACGACGAUGGAAUUGUUAGUGGUGAUGGCAAUGAUAACAAUGAUGAUGACAAUGAUGAUAAUGUACCUCUGGCCUGUCGAAAGAAAAGCGAGUCAAAGUAUAAGUUUGAAAAGUGGCAACCAUUUCUACCACGUCCGCUACCCCUGUUUAUUCCAGAACCCAAUAUACCAGCGCCCGAUGAAAGAACACCUGUUGAAUAUGUCAACAUGUUUUUGACUGAUUACAUUAUUGACAAUUUAGUGGAAGAAUCCAACAAGCAUGCAACCGAAAAGACAGGCUCAUGUCCAAAUUUUACCAAAACAGAGAUGACAGCCUACGUUGGUAUUUAUUAUUUGAUGGGAAUUGUCCGACUUCCAAAGAUUGACAACUAUUGGAGGUCAGAUUUCGGUAUGGUCAAUUCUAUUUAA